AUGAUGAAAGUAAUUUUCGACGACCACUUCCACUUUCAUCACAAUUCAGUGGCGCGGAGAUCGCUAUCACCAGAUCCCGACCAUCACGGGCGACUGCAGACAGACUCAAGAGUACGAUGGGCGAGACAGCAAAGAGUACUGUCGAGGAAGAAAAGAGAUCUUAUCACUAUACCAGAGAGCUUUUCUACAGCUGAUCCACAAACAUCAGACGCCCCAUCUCCUUCUUCUGCUUCGAAAAGAGAGACGAGCUCCAAAAGGGAAUUCCACACAAGAGUAAAGGGUCGACCACGCUCCACAGACAUGAGAUUCGUUUUGAACGACCCCAAAUGGCCACAUAUGUGGUAUCUGAACCGAGGUGGUGGGCUGGACAUGAACGUGAUUCCAGCAUGGCGGGAGGGCGUCACAGGCCGUGGCGUAGUUGUCACUAUAUUGGAUGACGGCUUGGAAACUGAUCACCCGGACUUAGUAUCUAAUUAUGACCCAAUGGCGUCUUACGACGUAAACUCCCAUGACUCAGACCCUCAGCCGCGCUACGACAUGAUUGAUUCAAAUCGUCAUGGGACGAGGUGUGCCGGUGAAGUUGCCGCUACUGCCAACAAUACACUGUGCGCAGUUGGCGUUGCAUACGAUGCGAGUGUUGGUGGUGUAAGAAUGUUAGACGGUGACGUCACGGAUGCAGUCGAAGCGAGAUCGCUGAGCCUCAAUCCUCAACAUGUCGAUAUAUACAGUGCGUCAUGGGGACCAGAUGAUGAUGGAAAAACUGUCGAUGGUCCCGGAGAGUUGGCAACUAGAGCUUUCAUCGAAGGUGUUACUAAAGGUCGUAAUGGCAAAGGCUCAAUAUUCGUGUGGGCAUCGGGAAAUGGUGGUCGAGAACAUGAUAACUGUAAUUGUGAUGGCUACACCAAUUCCAUCUGGACGCUGUCAAUUUCAUCAGCUACGGAGCGGGGUGAAGUGCCCUGGUAUUCCGAGAUGUGCAGUUCCACUCUCGCUGCGACCUAUAGCAGCGGCGCUGUUCUUGAAAAACAGGUGGUUACUACAGACCUACAUCACUCGUGUACAACAAGUCAUACAGGAACUUCUGCGUCGGCGCCGCUUGCCGCGGGUAUAUGUGCUCUGGCUCUACAAGCUAACAAGGAGCUUACUUGGAGAGACAUGCAACACAUCGUUGUACGAACUGCAAGACCUGAACGGCUCAGCACUGGUGGUGAAUGGAGAGUCAAUGGGGUCGGUCGCAACGUUUCCCACUCUUUUGGCUACGGGCUGCUUGAUGCUGCUGGUAUGGUCAGAAUGGCUAGAUCCUGGAGGACGGUCCCUCCUCAGAGAAGAUGUGAACUAGCGGCUUCAAUUCCUCAACGAUCUGUGCCUCCUAAAUCGUCAAUUUCUAUACGGUUGGACGUGGGAGCUUGUCCCGGGGUGAACUAUUUAGAGCACGUGCAGGCGAGGGUCUCACUGUCAGCUGCUCGUCGGGGAGACUUGCGCAUCGCUCUGACUUCGCCAGCUGGUACCAGGGUCACUCUCUUGACGCCCAGACCGCACGACACGUCACGUGCAGGGUUCAACUCGUGGCCCUUCAUGUCGGUGCACAUGUGGGGCGAAUCACCCCUCGGAGAGUGGCUAUUGGAAGUGUCUAAUGAAGGAAGAUAUAUGGCGGGACCUCUAAGUCAGUGGGAGCUGAUAUUCUAUGGGACAGAAACGCCACCUCAAGAAAAUGACGCGUCUCCCGAAAUCACACAACCGUCUGGUGUACCCGAUUGGAGUAGAGCUCACGACAACGUUCCUGUACCCCAAGAUCCACCCGAGGAGAUCAAACAUAAUUCCAUAGACGAUGAUUUGGCUCUCGUGUGGCAUGAUUCACAUGCGAUACGCGAAGAAAGUCCAGUCUUCAAUUCGAACAGCCAAGCUAUUGGCAGCGGGUGCGCGACCCACGCAGUUCAAGCACCACACAGAUGUUUAGAAUGCGCGAAGGGUUUGCACUUGUACGACGGUAGAUGUUAUCUGCAUUGUCCGGACGGUACUUACGCGGGGGAAAUCUUGGAGCGAACUUCGAGACGACGGAACCUCACUGUUCUGGAGACGGGCCCGGCAGUUAUCAAGAGGCAGGGUGACGUCACGGCUUCGGAAGCUCUCGAUAUGGAACCGAAUAACUACACGACACCUUUGAUAUGCCUUCCUUGUCACUAUACGUGUGCUACAUGUGUCGGGCCCCACAACAGCCAAUGUUCCUCUUGCUUGGACGACGCUCAAAUUUAUAACCUCACAGAUGUCGAACCUAAGUUCUAUUGCUAUCCAAAUAUAGUAUUACCACAGAUCAGUGACGCGAACUGGCAUUACCGUGUGAACGUGAUCCUCUCCAUCAUUUUGUUCUUCAGCGGCUUGAUAGUCAUAUAUACGGUAAAUACUUGCUGGAAAAAGACGUUUGGUAAUAACUAUAAGGAUAAUAUAAAGGUAGCUUACCAAGAGUUAGCGGUAGAUGAUAAGCAUCAUAGCGCUUUAGAGAUUGAGGAGGAAAUCAAAAAGGCCAUAAUUAAUGCAAGCGAAAGUGAAUCUGAGGACGAUUUGCGUUUAUAG